UUGCAGCGCCGGCAGCGGAGCGAAUGGCUGUGCUGGGAGCGUGCAGCGUCCUGGUGACAGGAGCCAACCGCGGCAUUGGCCUGGAGCUGGUCCGGCAACUCCUCAGCAAGCCCGACGCGCCGCGAUGGAUCUUCGCCUGCAGCCGGGAACCAGACGGGGAGCGCGGACAGGAACUCAGGAAUCUGGUUUCCAAACACCCAAACCUGGUGAUGGUGAAAUUAGAUACUACGAGUUCCACAAGCAUUAAAGAAGCUGCAGUGUGUGUGGAGAAUCACCUGAAAGGGUCGGGACUGAAUCUGCUGAUCAACAACGCCGGCAUUUUUAAAGAUGUGGCAUUGGACGUGGUGGAUGAGGAAGACAUGAUAAGUGGAUUCCGGACCAAUGUGGUUGGGCCACUGUUAGUGAGUCAGGCUUUCCUGCCUCUGUUAAAGAGGGCAGCCCAAGGAAGCUCCGAGAAAGGGCUGAGCUGCAGACGGGCAGCCAUUAUCAACAUUACCUCCUACUUGGGUUCCAUCGAGUUAGUCCCCCUGUCAUACGUUAAGCCUUCAAUUCCGUACCGCUGCAACAAGGCCGCUCUUAACAUGCUGACCCGGUGCCAGGCUGUGAGUUACAAGGAGGACGGGAUUCUGUGCACAGUGGUUCAUCCAGGAUGGGUGAAGACCGACAUGGGCGGCCAAAAGGCCGACUUGACCGUGACUGAGAGCGUUCAAGGGAUCCUGAAUGUACUUUCCAAACUCAGUGAUGAACACAGCGGCACUUUCCUUAACUGGAAGGGAAGCACGUUGCCUUGGUGACAUCAGCAGGUGGAAACCGAGCUUUGUGAUAUCGCAGGUGGUUUCUGUGGCAGAUACCUGGAAUCAAGGAAGGGGCAGCGCCGUUGCUAAGAUGGCCUUGCUCAGCUUGCUUGGUGGCCAGAACUUUCUGCUCUAUGAAUUAAUAAAUCCUACACUUUA